UCAGUUCCAGUUAAACAGUCUGGCUUGCUCAACCUUCGCGUUUAUACGUACCUGCUGUUGACACGUGUUACAGUAUAAAUGUUUUUGUAUUUUUCUUAAACACAGUUUAAAUAAUCAGUGUGUUUUUAAUUAGUGAAUACAUAGUCCUCGAUGUUAACUUUUUCUUUAUUUCAAUUUUUAAACGAAUGUUGUAAUACAUGCUUAAAUGACAAAUAAGUGCAAUGUUCUAAAUUGUUUCAGUAUUAAUUAUUUUAAAAUGUGUUGAAUUAAUUGUUGACAAAAAGUCGAAAUUUUUCAAACAUAGUUAUCUGACAUUAAUUGAGUUUCUACCAAGUGAUUUGAUAAGAACUUUGAAAAAAAUUAAAAACUGUAUUAAAAAUAGCAAUAUGUGAAAGUAUGUAAACAAGUUUCAAACAAUGUAGCUGAUGAACAAUUAUCUUCGUUGAGUAUCUAAGACUCAGAUAAUGCUGUCCGAGGCCCAAAGUCAAGAAUUUUAUCUAUGUCAUGAGCAGAAAAAUUACAGAGAGAUCAAGAUCUGGUCCUAAAGCUGGAACCUCAUCUUCGAGCUUGACAGUAGCUCUUAGUUCUUCAACCUUCAAUUCUUUAGCUUUAGAUGUUUCUUUCGCUGGUUUGUCAGUUACUAAUAUACAAAAAAAAAUAUUGGAAAGUGAAUUGGAGAAACCUUCAAAUGUUUGGAAAUUACCAGAAUCUAAAAUUAAUUCUCAGCUUGAAAAUACGAGUGAUGAAUUAUGGGAAGAUAUUGGAGUCGUUGAGUAUUUAGAAAAUAAGCGUGGUACACCAGAUGAAAGUACCGAAGAAGAGAGAGUUGAAAUAUUAAAAGAAGUUCUUCGGGAUACUGAUAUUCACGAAGGAGAUGGAGAUUUAUCUGAAUUCCUCUUUCACAUUGCUAGGACCAAGCAUGGCAAAAUUUAUAUCAGAGUCAUCAGAACACUGCUACUCAAUCGAGUUCUAUGCAGUAAUCGAGUGAGCCAAAUGACCAAAACCUAUAAUGAUAUAGAAGCAGUAACAAGGCUUCUAGAGGAGAAAGAAAAAGAUUUGGAGUUGACAGCACGUAUUGGAAAAGAACUCCUUACGCACAAUCAGAAAUUAGAAACAAACAUAAAUGCUUUAGAAGUUGAACUAAAAAAUGCAAAUGAAAAAAUUACUCAAUUAAGUCAUGAAUUAUUGAAGAAAACAGAAUUGAUACAAAUUUUAACCAAUGACGUUGAAGAAUCAUGUUCCGAAAGUGGUACGCCUAUGGGAGUACGUAGUAUUAAUUUAGAAUUGAUGCAAAAACGAAUAACAUCUUUGGAAGAUGAAAACAAGCAAUUGAAAUGUGAGUUUACGCAGCUUGUUCAUGAGACAGAUGAUUGUGAGGCACAAGAAGCUAAAUUAGUAAAAGAUAUUGCUAAUCAAUUAGCAAAUGCAAACAUGGAGGUUGAUGGCAUUGCUGAAGAGUUAGAUAGACAAAAGGAUGAAAAUAGAUUACAACAUGAACAAAUUGUAGGUUUGUCAUCAAAGUUAGCAGAGACAGAAAUGAGGCUAGCACAGUUAAUGACUGAACAUGAUGAAAUGAGUUCUACACUUGCUAUUACUCGUGAUAAUCAAAAUACUCUAGCUGCAGAACUUGCUGAUUUUAAGGACAAGUAUGCUGAAGUUGUCAAUUUACUUGCAGAGACUCAGGAACAAUUACGUAAACAAAGAAAAAAAGGAAUGCCAACAGUAAGAGGUGGUUCAUUCUUUCCAUCAAUGGGUGCUGUACCUCAACCUGACUCGAUUGCAUCAGAACUCGAGUCCUCAUUAUACUCAGAAUUCAGUCUUGACUCUGGCAUCAUCAGCGAUCGAAUGCCAACAUACAAAAAAGUUUUUGAAACAGUAAGAAGUGCCUCAAGAGUAUCGUAUGGAGGUCCAGAUGCUAAUCAGUUCCCUCGGAUAGGAUCUAUGACAACAUCAACACUGUCAUCAGGAACAACUGGUCCAAGAAUGAGUUGUGGGCCAUUUAAAUCUCAGAUGACUUCAGGAUUUCCCAGUUUAGACUCUACGGGACAGAGUGAUAGUGAAGGAUCAUUAUUAACAGACUCUGAAGAUUAUCCAGGUCCUCAACCAACUGGAGUACCAGGAGCACCGGGUGCUGCUGAUUUAGAAGCUGCUCUUCGGCGUCUUACUCCUGCAGAAGUCAUAGCAAGACGAGCAUGUCUCAGUACUGGUGCUGGAUAUAAUUACGAUUACGACGGUGGGAUUCAUUCACCAACGACUUUCUUACCUUUUGGCUGCCGAACACCUGAUAGUAUCAUGUCUACAGGGAGCUAUGGAAAUCUCAGUGGAUUUAGUGGAAAUUCAUCAAGCUGGCGACUCCCUGAAAAAUUACAAAUUGUUAAACCCAUGGAAGGUUCACAGACGCUUCAUCAUUGGUCUCAGUUAGCUACACCUACUCUUGGAGGUCUUUUAGACGAACGACCAGGAGUUAAAACUCGUGGUGGUCGCGGUCUAGAAGAUUUAGGAUUAGAAACAUUUACUUUAGCUGAUUUAGAGGAAGAUGAAGAGUAUGCUAAUCCAGGAAAACUUUUUCAAGAUACGGGUUCAAUAUAUACGUUGACUAAUAGUACAGUUCUUCAUCCUGAAGAUCCUUUACUUAUUACCCCAAGUAUAAUGGGUAGUCGAGUUGCAACAGCACCAAAUAGUGUCAUAAAUUCGGGUAUGAGUACUCCAAGAACUUUGUCCAGGCGUAAUUCUACGUCAACAUUUUCUACGACACUAGGACUAGCCAAAAUGCUCAACGAAAGAGGAAUAAAAGCCCUUACGCUGUCUUGCUCUACAACUCCUAGUGGAGAAAAAAAUUUUACACCUACGGCAACACCUUGUAACAGUCCAGAUGGAACACCACCAUCAUCACGAUCAACAUCUCCAGUACCUUAUAGUAGUCCUUUAUCUUUUGGACUAUUCAGUAGCGGUGCUGAGCUUUUGAAAAGAACUUUCGGCAGUGAACCUUUACCUUCUACAUCACUGCCUAAAAGAAAGAAAAAACCACUUUCCAGGACUGAAAAAAAAGCCCUCGCGGGUAUUAGACUAGUGGAAAAACUUGAAAGAAUGGGAAUAGACACAAUCAUGGCAACAAAUACUAAUUCUUCAAUAUCUCCACUAGCUCUUCAGGGUGCUUUAUGUACUAGACGAUCCGUUGAGAGUCCUAUGGCACAGCUAACAUUUCUCAAAGGCUCUAUGUCAACAGAAAAACUUGGAUCGUCUGCAAUGUCAUCAUCUGAAAGUAGUGAUUCCCUCGCAAGUUUUCAUUUUAUGUCUAAGUUAGAAAAUGAUAACAAUACUAAGUCAGUAAGGUCUGAAUCUAGGGGAAUUAAUUCUCGUAAUCAGUCGUCAAGACAGAGGAGAGGAGGAACAGGUGCUACUAGACCUGAUCUUGGACAAGUUAAACUUGCUGUACCGCCACCAGUUACAACAAAGGAAUCUGCAACACAGUCAGCACUAGGAACUAUAAGCUCACUUCUUUUUGGUCGUAAAGGUGGACUUCUGUAAAAUUCAUCAAUUCAAGUUUCUUUAUUCAUGUUGCGUCAAAAAAUAACUUGAAAAAAUGCUUCAAAUCUCAAAUAAGAGAACAAGUAUUUUUUUAACUUGAAUAAUCCAUAUUUUUGCUUUUAAACAUCAUUAAUCCUCCUUUUAAACUUUAAUCCGUAUAACCCAGGAUAAAAUGGCCAGCUGUUUUUUUUUCUUUUAUAAGAUCGAUUUUUAUCUCAAUCAAAAUUUAAUGCACACGUAUUUUAUUUAAUUAUAAAUAACUUUUUUUUAUAAUUAUUUGAUUAUAAUAAUGAAGUAAUUAAUGUAUAUAUUUUCGAUAAGAGAAAUUGACUUUGAUUAUAACUCAAAAGGAAUAUAGAUUGUCAAGUCUAAAUAAUAAAAAUGUAAGUUAAAAUAUUACAUUGCAUAUGAAGGAGAAUAUUGAAAGACUGAAAAUAUAUAAAGACAGAAAUUGUCUUCUUGUCAGAAAUGAGAAUAAUUAUCAUAAUAGAUAAUUUUAAUAUUUCUUGUUAAUUUGUUUUUUCAUUUUUGGUAAAAUAUUAGGAAAAUAAAUUUAACUUUAAAUUAAAAAUUACAAUAAAAUAAAAAUAAUUGUAUUAUGUUUUUUCUCUGUUGAAAAAACUAGCCAUUUUAUUCUGAUUUAUUCUGUGUAAAAAUGCUGCUACCACAUUAAUAACUUAUGUAGCUCUUAGGUGGAUUAAAAUUAAACAUUACCUAAGUUUUAUUAUACAAAAUAACAUUUAAAACGUGACCGAACGAUAUUUGCUCGAAUCCAUGGUCAACCGUGCAUAUAAACUAGUCAAGAAUAGGAAAAAAAAAAAAUAAUAAAUAAAUAAAUAAAGGAAGAAUAGCCGGAAAAAGUAUGGAAUUGUUUAUAGAUAAAAGUGUGGCCUUGCAGUUAAUAUAAACGCGAAGGUUAUUAAAAAUAUUUAUGAAACUAUGAAUGUAAAUAGAGAAUUGUGAGAUUAUAAGAAUGAAUGAAGAAGACCUUGCAACGAUUUUAUUUUUUUUGUGUUAUUUUUCAUGCUCAAAAAAAUUGAUUUUAAAUAUCAAAAAAAUUAUUGAUGCAAGUUUAUAUUUAUUUUAAUAAUUUUAUUAUUUUUUACUUGAUGAUAAAAAUUUUUUUUUUUUUUUUUCUGUAUCUGACAAUUGUAUUGCUACUGUCAGUCUUUAUGUUUAUUUUAAGACUGUACAUCUAGCGUUGAUCAAAUGUAAAUAAAACAUCUCAAUUUUUUGAGUGUUUCGAUUGAUAAUAUCACUGGCUAAAUAAAUCGUGAAUAGGUUAAAUAGAUUUUUUUUCUCGGUGCAGCCUUGUAUAUAGCCGUACAAAUUAAUAAAGUAAGUUAUUGAAAAAAAAAAAAUAGAGUUUUUCUCCCAGCUGCUCUCAUAAAAAAGUAUUGUUUUUCUUUUUUUCUUAAGUCUCAUUUCCAUUUGCGUUAUCACUAGGCCUAAUAGUAGAAAUAUGAAGCAGUAAUUACUUGUAAAUAAAGCAUAUGUAAAGAAAUAAUUAUGAGAAUGAAUAAAUAAUUGAGUCCUUUUAUUUAUUUAAAAAGAUGGUAAAUGUUUGAAAAAAGUUGACAAAGAUAGAUUGCUACUAUAUAAUAUGUAAGUUUAGAAUUUAAAAAAUCAUUUAAUAUUUCAUUUUAGUUUUAAAGUAUUUAUGAAAAAAAAAAAAAAAAUUACUAAGAUAAUACAAAAUAAAAUUUUAGACAAGCAACUUGAUCAUAUCUGUUCAGACUUAACUACUCAAAAUGGAUAAUUUAAAUAACUAGUGUUCUAUAUUGGUAAUGUAUGUUAAUAGAACACAAUUGGAUAUAAAAUAAUUGAAUUAUCAUUAGAUGAAGCUAAAAAUUUCAAUAGGUAAAUCAACUGUUUAAUUUUAUAUUCCUCAAAAAAUAUCAUUUAUUAUUUAUUAAUGGAACAGAGCAAUGCAUUAGAGCUGAAUAAAAAGAGCCAUUUACAUUGUUAUCAAAUAAAUUUUACGACUAUUUACACGUCAUGUAAGCUGAUAAGUCGUAUGUUCUAAAUGAACAAUAAAUAUAUUUAAAUAUUUA